AUGGAUCCUGACUAUAGCGCGAAGUUUGCUAUUCACGAGGCUGCUCGGGAGGGAAAGAACCUGGUGGUUGAAUCUCUACUCAACGCAAACCCCAAACUUGCAUAUCUAAAGGAUGGAGAUGAGAGACUGCCCAUCCACUGGGCCGUUGCAUAUAAUAGGCCCCCUAUAAUCGAGCUUCUCAUAUCAAUGAAAGACUUUGAUCCUGAUGUUACAGACUCCUCGGGAUGGACGCCGCUUAUGAUUGCAGCAAGUCUAAAAGACGGAGAAGGUGACGCCAUAAUUGAACAAAUGCUUCGUAAAGACGCGGACGUCAAUAUGAAAACUUCAAGUGGCCAGAAUGCCAUUCAUUUUGCUACUUCGAAAAAUAAUAUAUCCGCUGUCCGCCGGCUACUCGAGAACAAAUGCAGUGCAAGAGUGAAAGAUAAAAGAGGCCAACUGCCGCUUCACCGUGCUGCAGCUAUCGGAUCUGUCCCGCUGGUCAAACUUCUUAUUGAAGAAGGGAAGAGCCCGUUGAACGCUACGGAUGUCGACGGCCUCACUGCCCUUCAUCAUGCGAUUUCGGAAGGCCAUGGAGAAGCAGCUUUGACUCUUCUUAGAGCCGGGGCAGAAGCUGAUAAACGAGACUCAAACGGCCAGCUUGCUAUCGAACUUUCUCCCGAUUCUAAGGUUCGGAAGUACAUACUGGAAAGUGCAGAACGAGAGGGCAUCGAACUGCCAUGA